CUGCACCAAUCAGCGUCCCCCGCUUAACUCGCUCAUCGAAUCAGGAGAGGAGGGGAGGCGGGUGCUUCGCGGGGCUGCUAUUCGUCCACCACAACAAACAGCGCUGCGAUCGAAUGGCAAAUACCCAAUAGACAAAAGAGCGGAUAAACGACACACGGACACACCAUGGGCUCGUCCCGCUCCCGUACGGCCAAGCCCGGCGACGACGGCCAGGACGCGCUCACGACCAACGCAGAGUCCACGGACACGCACGGCGAGGAGGACGGGAAGCACGGAGACGUGUCUCAGUUCCCCUACGUCGAGUUCACCGGGCGGGACAGCGUCACCUGCCCCACGUGCCAGGGCACCGGCAGAAUACCGCGGGGACAGGAAAACCAGCUUGUGGCUCUGAUUCCAUACAGCGACCAGCGACUCAGACCGAGCAGAACGAAGCUGUACGUCACCAUCUCGGUGUCCAUCUGUCUGCUGCUGUCCAGCCUGGCCGUCUUCUUCCUGUUCCCCCGCACCAUCGACGUCUCCUACGUGGGCGUCAAGUCGGCGUUCGUCUCCUACGACUCGGACCAGAGGAUCGUCUUCCUCAACAUCACGAACACUCUGAACAUCACCAACAACAACUACUACGCCAUCUCCCUGACCAACAUCACGGCCCAGGUCCAGUUCUCCAAGACGGUGAUCGGCAAGGCCAGGAUCAACAACAGUACCAUGAUCGCACCGCUGGGCAAGCAACAGAUCGACUACACCGUUCCCACCACCAUCGCCGAUGAGAUGAGCUACAUGUUUGAUUACUGCACCUUGCCGUCCAUAAGAGUCCACAACAUCGUGGUCAUGAUGCAGGUUACCGUGACGACGUCGUACUUCGGCCACGCGGAGCAGGUGUCCCAGGAGAUGUACCAGUACGUCGACUGCGGGGGGAACACCACCUCCCUGCACGGGCACGGGCACGUGCAGGUCUACAAAUGAGCAGCGACGCCCAGGGAGCGGGUACCAUGGUAACGGGUACCAUGGUAACGGGUCCCAUGGUAGCUGGGACCAUGGUAACGGGUCCCAUGGGAGCGGGUACCAUGGUAAUGGGUACCAUGGUAACGGGUCCCAUGGUAACGGGGCCCAUGGUAACGGAUCCCAAGGUACCCGCUACCAUGGUACCAUGUUACCACGCUACCGGGUACCAUGUUAAAGGGUACCAUGGUAACAAGUUCCAAGGGUUCCUGUUACCAUGGCAGCCGGCCCCAUG